AUGUUACAAUCACAUGAUCAUCAUAUUAAAGAUGAUGUUUGUUUAAAUCGUCCACCCUAUCGUAAUGGGAAAAAAUUACGUGCUGUUAAAGUUUAUACAAUAGCACAAGAAUCAAAAUAUCUUCUUGUACAAAAUAUUCCGUCGAUUGCAGGUGUAACUGAACAAUUAUUACCGUAUUUUAAUCAAUAUGGACAAACUGAACAAUAUUGGAAAUUAGAUGGAUAUGAACGAAAAGAUUCUAAUGAUGAUGAACAAUUUUUUGAUACUAUUUUAGUUAAAUAUGUACAAAUACAAAAUGCACGUAAAGCUAAAUGUCGUCUUGAUGAUAUGAAUUUUAUGGGAUCAAGUUUACAUGUAUGUUAUGCACCUGAAUGUGAAAAUGUAGAUGAUUUAAGAGAAAAAUUAAAUGAACGAAGAACAGUUGUACAAUAUAAAAGUCAUAUGAAUCAUUUUGUAAAAGAUAAAAAACAAUCAAUGAACAAAUUUCGACAAAAACAAUCUACAGUUAAAUAUAAUCAUUCAACUCUUAUUCCAAAAGAUAAUACACAAUCAUCUUCAACGAAUGAAUUAUCUUCCUCGCAAUCAUUACAAAGAACAACAAAUGAAAUUCGUAGUAAAAUGCGUGAAAUUGUACAGAAAUCAAAUUUAAUUCCACUUACUUUACAACAGGAGAUUAAAAAGAAAAAAAGAUUACAAAUAUAA